GUACACUUUACCAUCAUCUCACAGGCAUGGAGCUGUCAAAGAUCGAGUUUGGGGCUUCCAUGAAAAAAGAGUGUUUCCAUUUUGAGGAGGGUUUUACUUAUGUAAAUCACGGGGCGUAUGGAGAGGUUCCUCUGAAGAUCCGGGAUAAACAACAACAAUUGUUAGAUGCUCAGAACGACAAUACGGGGGCGUUCUUCCGAGAGACAACUCCUCGAAUGUACAUGACGGCAAUAGACGCUGCAGCCAAGUUCUUGGGGGCGGAUCCAGCAAACCUAGUUUUCGUACAAAAUGCCACAACAGGAGUGAGCACCGUCCUGAAAUCGUUCCCUUGGCAGAAAGGUGACGAGAUUUUGGCGUCAGUAUACACGUACAAAGCAGUGGAGUAUGCUUGUAGGAGGGUCGCCGAGUUUUCCACAGGGGGACAAAUCCACCAGUUUGAUGUACGUUUCCCCAUCAAAGACGAAUUGGAGGUUAUAAACAGCAUGACGUCACACCUGGACAAACAUCCCCGAGUCAGACUUGUAGUCAUAGACCAUAUAACAAGCCCCACAGCACUGAUGUUCCCAAUCAAGAGAAUGAUAUUGGAAUGCAGAAAAAGAGGCGUCUGGGUUUUGAUUGAUGGUGCCCAUGCUCCUGGGCAAGUGGACAUCAAAUUAGAAGAACUCAGUCCGGAUUUCUACGUAGGGAAUUUCCAUAAGUGGAUGUACACACCACGAGGGUGCGGGGUUAUCUGGGUUCGUAAAGAACACCAUGAUUGGUGCACUCCUCUCGUGACGUCACAUAUGUACAAAAAGGGUUUUCAGAUGGAAUUCUUUGUUCAAGGGACACGUGAUGAUAUUCCAUACUUUCUCAUACCAGAUUCCAUUCAGUUUCACCAAGAUGUGGGCGGAAGGGAGAAAAUCAACAAAUACUCAAAAACCCUCCUGGACAAGGCCAGCGUGUUGAUAGCAGAGAGACUGAAUACAGAAGUACUACAGAUUCCCAAGUCUAUGGAAGCGCCUGGCAUGAGGCUUGUUUUGUUACCAGAAUUUGAGGGAUAUGAGAAAACCUGGGAAGGAUCAGAAAGACUUUUCUUGGAUAUCACGAAGGAGCACAGACUAAACUGUGCAAUAUACCCUGCUCAAGGUGAGCUCUACCUGCGACUCUCCGCAAACAUCUACAACGAAAUGACAGAUUACGAGAAAACAGCUGAUCUCCUACGUCAGCUCUCCAAGAAAAAAUAAAACACAUUUCACGUUGUUGGUGAUAUGGGAAAUGACAAUUAUAUUGAAGGAAUUGUUAAUUUUACCACGAAUUAUCAAUCUUAAAUGCUCAUUUACUCGUGAUUCUUAAAUGUUUAAUAUUUACUUUCAUUUGUCUCCAAUAUAUUUUCAAUAAAAACCAUUAAUCGUCA